AUGGCUCAGGACCAUGACUCACAUAAUGUGCUGAAACGUCGUCUACUUCGCGGGGAGAUCACAUACGCCGCCGCAAAGGAGCAAGACUCUAAUAUCCUCCACGAAUUGGGAUACAGGGAUCAGAAGAUUCGAUAUUUUACUCAUUUGUAUCGAAAUCGCAAGCUAAUCGAAUCAAUCGUGGCCCACCAUCUCAACCUCCCUUCUGCAGACACGUGUCAUGCAGUCGAUGUUGAGGAAUGGAUACAUGGCAGCUUCAAUGUUUGCAUACGAGUUGAGGUUGAUAGUCAAGGGCGGGAUCCUAGGAAACAACUGAUGAUCAGAUUUCCAUUGCCGUACCGAAUAGGGGAGAACUCUUGCCCAGGUAAUGCGGAUGAGAAGGUUCGUUGCGAAGCUGGGACCUACUCAUGGCUUCAAGAGAACUGUCCAACUAUCCCUAUACCACAGCUGUAUGGGUUUGGACUGUCUACUGGCCAAGCUUUCACAGUCCUCGAUAAUCUGCCAUUCGUAACCCGCAUUAUUGAGCGUCUGCGCCGUCGACUAUUAGCUUGGCUAAAUUAUCCGACCCCAUCCCUCUAUGUUCAACAUCGAGCCAAUGGUCAAACUAUGUUGGGCACCCCUUAUCUUCUGAUUGAGUACAUCGAUCCGUCGAGAGGUAAAAUGCUUUCUGAAACGUGGGAGGAAGGGCGCCACAAUCUCAAACUACGCACAAACCUUUUCCAUGGGCUCUCCCGUAUUAUGUUGGGUUUGGCACGAUACUUAACUUUAACUAACCGACCUCUUACCCUUGAAACCCAUCAACUGGAAAAUGAACACAUUCCAGUCGACAUGCUGCAAAAUAUCACUUACUCCACUGUUGACGCCUAUGUCAAUGACAUUCUUGCAUUUCAUGAAAGCCGGCUUCGCCACCAGCCUAAUGCAGUCAACAAUAUUGAAGAUGGCUUCUAUCAAACAUCCGCAUUGAUGGUUAUGAGAAGUGUCUGGACCUGUUUUUUCCGCCGUGAUCUCCUUCGAGGUCCGUUCUUUCUUAACCUCACCGAUCUUAACCAGAGUAAUAUCUUUGUCGACGACGAUUGGAACAUCAAAUGUCUAAUAGAUCUCGAGUGGGCAUGCUCUCAACCAGUGGAAAUGAUAAAACCCCCGUACUGGUUGACAAAUCAGGCUAUUGACUUGAUCAGCAUGGAGGACUACGAAGUUUCUCACAGGGAGUUCAUGGAAGCCUUCGCAGACGAAGAGAAGAAACUCGAGCUACCAGUCCGUCUCUAUCCUAUCUUGCAGCAUGGAUGGGAGAGAGGGACAUUUUGGUGUUCUCUUGCGCUCAGUAGCCCUACGGCUUUAUUCAAGAUCUUUUAUGACUUCAUUCAACCGAGGUUUUCUAAAUCUCACGACGAUCCAGCUUUCUGGCAAAUCACUAUGCCCUACUGGACAUUCAAUGCCUUUAAGUUUAUUGAACAAAAGGUGAAGGACAAAGAGCAAUAUGAUAUCUCUUUGCGUGAAGCAUUUGAAUCCGGAAGCUCUCAUGACUAGAGCGUACGAAACCUGAUCAUCCUCGCUCACUGCCCUUGACCUGCACGCUUACUUCUCUCACCAUUUUGCUCCUCCUUCCGUUUAAAGUCUUCUACUGCAUUCUGAAGGCUCAGAAUAGACUUCUUCCCCCUAUUCUGCUGUGCAGCUUUGCCGGAAGAAGAGAGUUGAUUGAUUGAUUUACUACUUACUACCAGUAAGCCAUUCGGGAGGGGGAUUGCUACUAACAUCAGCAACUAAUCUUUGAAUGGCGACCGGUUUAUUUCCGAUCAAGCGCCGAAGGUCAAAACAAAACCAGGUACCAGGUACUUAGCACCUACAGCCCAUGUUCGAGUCGUGCCC